AUGUCCUUUCUACUGAGCAACGAUGGUAUGCCUAAUAAGAGGAGAAGAUCCUCUGUUCAAGAUGACUCUGGGCCUUCCGACAACUCGAUCGAUAGUCCACAGUCCCAAGUGGAAGCAACUCGGUUAGUACUUUUCCUCUUCGCCUGCAUAAAUCUUGUGAUACCUGAUGAGGUACUUGUUUUCUUACCAGUACUCAGGAAAUUCACGCAGUUACCGCCGAAUACUGUCCUUCGAUCAAUUUUGAAGACGUACUUCCAGUUCUGCCAAAGUCAGCCAUACGUCUAUUCCAGUCCGGAACACUUCUAUCGGAAAUUGGAUUCUGGAUUUCUCCCAGAUUUUCUUUUGAUGGCGAUGACAGCUAUGGCAAUACGAUUUUCUGAUGACCCGUUUUUCGAGGGUAGGCGAGUAGAAUCCGCGGAAUCAUAUGCACGUACGGCAUGGAACGAGAUCUUCGAUAAAUCUUUCUCUGAGGACUACCUACUGGAUGUGCACACUGUGCAAGCUACCAAUAUGCUAGCUGUCGUUGACUUUACAGCUAGUCGACAGAAGUUGGCCUGGGUAAAGAUUGGCCUAGCCGUCCGCUUUGCUCAGAGUCUCCAAUUGAACAAGGAGCCCUCAAACCAAACAUCACCAGAAGAACAAGAUGAACGAAGGAAAACCUUUUGGUCUGUCUAUCUGCUGGAUAGACUCGUAUCAUGUGGGACCAAUCGACCACCGACACUUGCAGAUACCGAUUGUACUGUACUGUUGCCAUCGUCGGCUGUUUCGUAUCGCGAAAAUGGCUCCUUACCAGAUUUGAGGGCUCUCAACGACAUGUCGUGGAAUGGUAGUACAGAAAAUCUGGAUUGCUUUGCUCAGACAAUUCUAAUGGCCUCUGCUCUGGGACGAGUUGAGAGACAUACGUUGCAACAUCAAAGCGGCAACGACCGAUUUCCGCCAUGGGACUCGAGAAGUGACUUUGCUGCAAUUUACAGCACCUUGCUUAACUUUGAAGCACAUUCAGAUAUUACCAGAGUUUCAUUCUCGACAACGAUACGACGGUAUGUCAGACCUAAUGGAACGCUGGAUCAUCAGGGUGCAGGUCAUUUUGUCUUUUCCAACAUUCUUUAUCACAUGAAUCAGUGUCUGCUCCAUCACCCAUUUCUGUUGAGGAAAAGGCUGGAACCUCGGAAAUCAAGAAUCUCUCCUAGCUUUCUCCGCGAAGCACUUCGACGAAGUCGUGAACACGCAUAUCAAUUGACAGUAUCACUUCGAAUCGUGCAAAAGCAAGGAUUGACGUUGAGUAGCUUUUACGCUUAUGCUACUAUGGUUGCUGGAUCCAUACAUCAACUAUUUGUCAACCACUGUGAUGAAUGGCUGCAGAAAUCCGCGCAGCAAAUGUUGGAUUACUCGUUAGAAUUUCUUGACAAAGGUCAGGGGACGUGGGAUCACUAUCCCCGUGUUGCAACUGCUUUGCGAAGCUUCAAGCCUGACCCUAGCUCUGCACGAGCAUUGGUGACCAUCAACUCAUCACAAGUCGAUGACUCAACUCUUGAUAUCAUAUGGAGCCUGCUUGAUUAUGGUUGGCUGUCUGAUCAGGCAAGACCAUCCGCAUUAGAAGUCACUGGACACACUGAUCUGGCUCAAUCAUCGACCGGAGAUGGCGCGAUGGAUGUAAACCUCAUGGCUCAAACGUAUGAUCUUGUCGGUGACUUUGACAUUGAUUCAUCAAUCACGGCGCAGAAUCAGAUUUCACUGGACUAUCUGGCCUUUGUGGACAAUCCUGAAGGGCAGUGGCCUGCCGUUGAGGAUGAGCUCAAUUUCUCGAACGAGAUAAUUCUGCCGUCUCCCUGGACCCCCCAUUUUGUAGAGUAG